UUCCCGGGCAGUGACGCAGACGCUCGCUUUGCUGCUGUCUCUCCUGCUGGAGGUCGUUGGAGUCAUACAGCGCUGCCGCACUAGCUUCGGAUUCUCCCGCCUGUCACCAUCAUGUUCUCUCGUAUUGCCGGACCCUCAGCCCGCGGGCUCAUCCGAGGCCUUUCCACCAGCGCGCAGAACAAUGCCAGGGUGGCUGUGCUUGGAGCUUCUGGAGGAAUUGGACAGCCCCUCUCCCUCCUGUUAAAGAACAGCCCAUUGAUCAGUAACCUGACUUUGUAUGAUAUUGCCCACACACCAGGCGUAGCUGCAGAUCUGAGCCACAUUGAAACCAGAGCCAAAGUUACAGGUUACCUAGGACCUGAUCAGCUGCCAGAGAGUCUGAAAGGUGCUGAGGUUGUAGUCAUCCCUGCUGGCGUACCUAGAAAACCUGGUAUGACUCGUGAUGACUUGUUCAACACAAAUGCCUCCAUUGUGGCCACCCUCACUGAAGCCUGUGCAAAGUAUUGCCCACAAGCCAUGAUCUGUAUCAUUGCCAACCCGGUAAAUUCAACAAUUCCUAUUACUAGUGAAGUGUUUAAGAAACAUGGCGUCUACAACCCCAACCGCAUUUUCGGUGUUACUACCCUGGACAUCGUACGAGCCAACACUUUUGUUGCGGAACUGAAGGGCCUGGACCCCGCACGCGUGAAUGUCCCUGUGGUUGGUGGCCAUGCUGGUAAAACAAUUGUCCCGCUCAUCUCCCAGAGCACCCCAAAAGUAGAGUUCCCCCAAGAACAACUGGAAGUUCUUAUUGGCAGAAUUCAAGAGGCUGGAACUGAAGUUGUAAAAGCCAAAGCUGGAUCAGGUUCUGCCACACUGUCCAUGGCCUAUGCUGGUGCACGCUUUGUUUUCUCUCUCUUGGAUGCUAUGAAUGGAAAGGAGGGCGUUAUUGAGUGCUCUUUUGUCAGGUCUGAAGAAACAGAGAGCCCCUACUUUUCCACCCCUCUCCUGCUUGGGAAAAACGGUAUUGAGAAGAAUUUGGGCUUGGGCAAGCUGACUCCUUUUGAGGAAAAACUGGUUUCUGAGUCUAUGGCAGAACUGAAGGCUUCAAUUAAGAAGGGUGAAGACUUUAUCAAGGCCCAGAAGUGAGCAGAAUUACACCCUGAUGAGAAGACGGCUUCCUUAAUUUAUUGAAGCAUUGUGACACUUUAUGAAAGUCAGACUGUGGUCAUGCUGUGAAGAUUCACGUCCUCUGGAGAGGAGCGGUGUCAUGUAGACAGCUGGAUGUUCUCCAGCUUGUGGAAGUGGUCCUCGCAGCAUACAUCACAGCGAACAGAAAAAAGCACUUCUAUCAAAGACCAUUUAAAAUGUAUUUGAAAAUUAAACAUCAUAUUUUCUUUGUAA